AUUGGUCCAUCCAUCCAUCCAUCCGUCAGCCCCCCACCGAAAAAAGAAAAGAAGACUACUCUACUGCUCCAAUGUUUCUCUAUACAUUCGCUUUAUAUAUAUAUAUAUAUAUAUUCGAUCCGAUAUGUUUUCAUUUUGUUGGUUUUAAAAAUAAAAUUUGGUUUUGUCAGAAACCUCGGCUUGCUUGAACAGACCACAGUUUGUUUUGAAUCUUUGUUGGUUACGUUAAAGCAAAGCAUAGAUUCCAGACUUGGUCACUGUCCAAUUAGGCAACUUUCCAAUUGGGAAUGUCCCGUUAUGUUUUUCCUUUGUUUUCUUUCAAUAAUUGACUGCUUAUUUUUUAAUCUAGCAAGUACUUUUUUUUUCUUUGUUGGGGUUGGGGUCUUCUCUGAUCCCGAGCUCUUUUUCUUUUUCUUCUCUCUCCUUUUUGUCUUUCUCAAAGGACUCCAUUCAUAACAGGGGUGACGCUGAUGCAACAUUCACACUCCUUGGACGUUUUCUCUUUUGGAUUUCUUUCAAUUUUGUUUUUCUUUGGUGCCAAGUAUGCUGGAAUUGGCUCCACUAGGUUUAUCUGAAAGGGGAUGUCUCUAUUAUUUUAUUGCAACAAAAUCUCCUAAGAACAGAGACCACCCAUCCCCAUCCCCGUCCAAGGAUGUCUCCUCUGCACCGCUGAAUGAAAGAAUGUUCCAUUGUCUGUUUCAAUUGACCAUCAUUACCCUCAUAGAAAAUGCACUUCUCAUGGGUCUCAUUGUAAAUUCACAACCCAAAAGUUAAAAAAAAUAGAAUCCUGCUACUGGGAUAAGACAGUAGCAAAGAGAGAACAACAAAAGAAAAUGUUUACGUGCAUAGCGUGCACCAAGCAAAUGGCGGAUGGAGGGGAAGAAGUAGAAGGAGCGCGUGGAAGUGGCACGCCUAGUACAAAAGAAGCCGUCAAAAGCCUGACGGCGCAGAUCAAGGAUAUGGCAUUGAAAUUUUCUGGCGCUUAUAAGCAAUGCAAGCCAUGCACAGGCUCCAGCAACUACAAGAAAGGACAUCGACCGUAUCCAGAUUUUGAUGCUGCUUCAGAAGGGGUUCCAUACCCGUACAUGGGCGGAAGCUCUAGCUCAACACCUGCAUGGGACUUCACGAGUGCCAGUCAUCAUCCAGGAAGAUCAGACUCAAGAUUUACCGGGGUAUUCAGUGGUGACAGAACCCCUGGUGGAAUGGACUCUAUGUUUUCCCAGGAUCUGGUGCUAGAAGAUGAGGAUGAGCCCAAGGAAUGGAUGGCACAAGUGGAACCUGGGGUUCAUAUCACUUUCGUGUCUCUGCCUAACGGAGGAAAUGAUCUCAAACGAAUUCGCUUCAGCCGGGAGAUGUUCAACAAGUGGCAAGCACAGCGAUGGUGGGGUGAGAAUUAUGAUAGGAUCAUGGAGCUCUACAACGUGCAGAGAUUUAAUCGUCAGGCAUUACAUACUCCCCCAAGGUCUGAGGAUGAGAUGCAGAGAGAUUCUUCUUACUCAAGGAUGGGAUCAGCAAUGGAAAGUCCCAUGCCUCAUUGGACACCAAGAUACAACUAUAAACCCUCUGGAAGUAAAGGCUAUUUCCCAUCAGCAGAGAAUAUGGACCAAGGUGGGACCCAACAUUACAGUGCUGGGCCAAGUGCUUACGGUGCAGGUGGUCCGAGAGGUGAGGCAUCUUUUGAUGCUUCACGGACGACAACCUCAUCUAGGGAUGAGCCUUCUGUUUCUGUCAGCAAUGCCAGUGAAAUGGAGGCGGAAUGGGUUGAACAAGAUGAGCCCGGGGUAUACAUUACCAUCAGGCAGUUGGCUGAUGGCACCAGGGAGCUCCGGCGUGUCAGAUUCAGCCGCGAGAGAUUUGGAGAAGUAAAUGCAAAGCAGUGGUGGGAAGAGAACAGAGAAAGAAUACAAACACAAUACCUUUAAAUUAUAACAAUUUUACACAAAAGAUAUGGUAAUGGUGGCAGGCGGUGGAUAUAAAUGUACCAAGGGUACACUGCGGUCGGAUGGUCCAAAGGAAUGGAAAAGACCCACUUCAAUUUUGUUUCUCACAUGUUACAGGUAAAAUGGGCUUUGUCACCUCAUAGUGAUGAUGAACCAGUGAGCUAACAAACGUCGUUUUCAAUAAAACAAACUAAUUAUAGUGCCAUUCCAUUCCUGGUGACAAUCCAAUGGAGGUUUUGUUUCCCAGCAGGGAGUCCCAAGCAGAGCCCCUUGUGUUUUUGGUCUGCCAAUUUUCAGGGGCUCUUACCAUCCUAAGAUACUAUUGGAGUUUUUAUUGGGCCCGCGAAUUACGUUAUCUGCGGUUGUUUUGCCUUUUCUUUUUUUGUAAUACAAACUUGAUAUGAUAGUUGAAGAAAUGAAAUUGAAUCAUUUGCGGUUACCUUA